AUGGCGGCGGAGCUGCAUCCGCGGAGCGGAAAGCUGAUCGGCCUGUCCAACUCAAACCGGACUGCCCGGCGCAACCAGCCAGUGCAGGAGUUCAAUCACGGCCUGGUGCUUAGCAAGGAGCCGCUGAGGGACCGGGAUGUCUUCACCGUCCGCAUCGACAAGAAGGUGAACUCGUGGAGUGGUUCCAUUGAGAUCGGCGUGACGGCACUGGACCCCGCCACACUGGACUUCCCCAGCAGCGCCACAGGCCUUAAGGGCGGCUCCUGGAUUGUGUCGGGCUGCUCGGUGUUACGUGACGGCCGCUCGGUCCUGGAGGAGUAUGGCCGCGACCUGGACCAGCUAGCCGAGGGCGAUCGCGUGGGCAUUCAGCGCAGCUCCCGUGGAGAGCUCCACCUCUGGGUUAACGGGCAGGACUGCGGUGCGGCCGCCAGCGGCCUCCCACCCAAACUGUGGGCAGUGGUGGACCUGUACGGGAAGUGCACUCAAGUGACAGUGGUGAGCUGUGAGCCACCACCGCCCUCUGUGGAAAAAGAGAGAGAGACAAUAGAGCGGGAGGAGGAGGAGGAGGAGGAGGAUGAAGAGGAGGAAGAGGUGCUAGUGUGUGGGGGUCGGGAGGACGCGGGGAUCGCGGCACUGAUGAAUGUGGCAGCAAUGAAUGGAAUGAUGAAUGGAGAUGAAGUGCCUGAGCUGAGAUGCAGUCACAGCAGACCAGACAAGUUCCUCAACAACCUGGAGCCUGAGACUGUUCUGACAGAGCACCAGCUCUUUGACGUGUUCAACAACGCAAUAGUGUCCUUCUAUCGCUCUGAAGAUGAGGGUGGAGGGGAAGAUGGCGGAGGAGGAGGAACUGGAGGGGGCGGUGUCGCUGGAGGGGGAGGACCAGGAGGAGGAAAUACAGGAAGUGACUCUUCUUCCAGAAGUGACAGAGGGAGCAGCAGCGGAGGAAUGAACAGUGACAGCGGAACAGGGACGACAGGAGGAGGAGCAGGAGGUGCUGGGAGUGGCGGUGACAGUGGAAAUUCUAACAGCAGCCCUGCUGGUAAUGGAGGGGUGAUGCCAGGAGCUUUGACGGGCGCGAUGACCACCAACGAUGCGCUGCUGUUCCACGAGAAGUGCGGCACGCUGAUCAAACUGAGCAACAACAACAAGACGGCGGAGCGGAGGAGACCGCUGGACGAGUUCAACAACGGUGUGGUGAUGACCAACCGACCGCUCCGACACAAUGAGAUGUUUGAGAUCCGUAUUGAUAAGCUGGUGGAUAAGUGGUCAGGCUCAAUAGAGAUCGGUGUGACUACACACAACCCCAACAACCUGGACUAUCCUGCAACUAUGACCAAUCUGCGCUCAGGUACAAUCAUGAUGAGUGGCUGUGGGAUAUUAACCAACGGAAAGGGAACCCGCAGAGAAUACUGUGAAUUUAGCCUUGAUGAACUUCAGGAGGGAGAUCACAUAGGGUUGAUGCGCAAAGCCAGCGGAGCGCUCCAUUUCUACAUCAAUGGCAUCGAUCAAGGCGUCGCAGCAGCUCAGACCCCCAACGUGGUCUACGGCGUGGUGGACCUCUACGGCAUGGCCGUCAAGGUCACAAUAGUCCACAACCACAAUCACAGCGACCGCCUCAGACGCAACAACGCCAUCAUGAGAGCGCUGUCUCCCGACGUUGGCCGACCCCGGCCGGCUCUCUCCCUCACCCCGGACGCAGAGGUGCCCGACCGUCUGCUCUUUCACCCGAACUGUGGCCAGAAGGCCGCCAUCAUCAGCGACGGCAGGACGGCGCUGCGGCCUCACGCGACCGAUGACUUCAACCACGGCGUGGUCCUUAGCAGCCGGCCGCUACGCUCCAAUGAGGUGUUCCAAGUUCGCAUCGACAAAAUGGUGGAUAAGUGGGCGGGCUCCAUUGAAAUAGGCGUCACAACGCACAACCCCGCCUACCUGCAGCUGCCCUCCACCAUGACAAACCUGCGCUCAGGGACGUGGAUGAUGACGGGGAAUGGGGUGAUGCACAACGGAACAACUAUACUGGAUGAGUAUGGACACAACCUGGACCGGCUCAAGGCAGGUGACACGGUGGGUGUGGUGCGGAAAGAAGAUGGCAGCCUUCAUUUCUUUGUGAAUGGCGUGGCGCAGGGCCCGGCAGCCUGGAAUGUCCCCCCCAGUGUCUAUGCCGUGGUGGACCUCUACGGCCAGGCUGCUCAGGCCACCAUCAUGGACGACAUGGUGGACCUCCCUCCUCUUCCAGAGGACAGCUCUGAGGGACCCACAGCCAUGUCCCCCGGGAGCCCCUGCUCAUUAGGGGGAGCCACCACAACCUCCGACUUGCGUUUCCACCACCUACACGGCACCAACGCAGUCAUCACCAACGGGGGGCGCACUGCUCUGCGUCAGAACUGCCGCAGCGAGUUCAACGAUGCUAUUGUCAUCUCCAACAGGUGCCUUCGGGACGGGGAGCUGUUUGAAAUCAUUAUCCAGAAGAUGGUGGACCGCUGGUCUGGUUCAAUCGAAGCCGGAGUGACAGCCAUCAGACCAGAGGAGCUGGAGUUCCCAAACACAAUGACAGAUAUUGACUAUGACACGUGGAUGCUAAGUGGAACGGCCAUCAUGCAGGAUGGCAACACAAUGCGCAACAACUACGGCUGUGAUCUGGACUCCCUGACCACCGGCUCACGGAUUGGCAUGAUGCGCUCAGCCAGCGGUGACCUCCACUAUUAUAUCAACGGUGUAGACCAAGGUGUCGCCUGCUCUGGCCUCCCACCAGAGGUGUAUGCUGUGAUCGAUCUGUACGGUCAGUGUGUUCAGGUGUCCAUCACCAGCUCGUCAGGCCCACUGGACAACAGCCUCUGCACCAGCAAUGUCACUGAGAAGAGCUUCCCCAUCCACUCGCCAGUAGCAGGUGUUGCCCAUCGGCUGCACAGCAAACACGGUAAGAAUGUGGUGCUGCUCGGUGAGGGCUGCCAGGCCGUCAGAGUCGGGGGUUAUGCUCACGGUAUUGUGUUCAGCGCGAAGGAGCUCAAAACGGAUGAGCUGUUUGAGGUGAGGAUAGAUGAAGUGGAUGAGCAGUGGUGCGGUUCGCUGCACAUCGGUCUGACCACGCUUGCACCUCCGGAACUGCCAUCCUGCCCGCUGUCAGGUCUCUCCCCCUCCCUCCCACAGCUCCGCACCAAGGUCACCUGGCUGCUCUGCGGCUCUGAGGUCCGUCGCAACGGUGUGCUGCAGCGGCAGAACUACGGCUGCUCACUGGACCGGCUGAUGGUUGGGAACCGUGUGGGUGUGAAAAGGUGCAACGAUGACACCAUGCACAUUUUCAUUGACGGAGAAGACAUGGGGCCUGCUGCGACUGCCGUAGCCAAGAACGUUUAUGCAGUUUUGGAUCUCUAUGGGCGGAUAACAGCGGUGUCCAUUGUCAGCUCCUCGCUGAUGGAGGACGUGGAGAGCGUUAAAGCGCCCUCGCUCUCCUCAGACAGCUGCAGCGAAGGAGAGGAGGACAGCACCCCCGUCAGAGAGGUUGAGAGCGAGCCAUGUGCGCUGUUGCCCACAGUCAUGGCGUUCCUGGAGAACCACGGCAAAAACAUCCAGCUGUCCAACCAGAAUCUGACAGCAGCCAGAGUGUCGAGCUACAACCAGGGCCUGCUGGUCACCGCCCAGCCGCUGGCUCGUCAGCAGCUCUUCCAGUUUCAGAUCGACCGUCUGAACCCGUCAUGGACGUCGUCACUGUCUUUAGGGGUGAUUGGCCACUCGCCCGACCGGCUCAACUUCCCCUCCACAGCGUGCUGUCUGAAACGCUCCGCAUGGCUCCUGCAGCGAGACUCUGUCUUCCACAACUCUCUGAAGAUAUGUGAGAACUAUGGCCCUAACCUCGAUACGUGUCCGGAGGGGACGGUGUUGGGUCUGCUGGUGGACGCCAACAGUUGUCUCCACCUGUACGUCAAUGGCAUGGACCAGGGAGUGGCAGCGCAGGACAUCCCUUCUCCCUGCUACCCCUUCAUAGACCUCUAUGGCCAGUGUGAACAGGUUACAAUAGUCACAAACAAUGUGCCAGCUGUGGGUGGAGAAAGUGGUGAGACCCGCUGUCAGGGUGACAUGGAGAAGGCAGACAUGGUUGACGGAAUCAAAGAGAGUGUGUGCUGGACGCCCCCUCCAGAGGUCAACCCCAACAAGACCUGUGAAUACCAGGCGCUGUGCUCGCGCUUUAAGGACCUGCUCACAUUACCAGAUGGCUACUUCAGUGAAGAUGCAAAGUACAACCUGUGCUACUGUGAGUCCUGCCACAAACUUCGGGGUGAUGACGCCUAUUACAAGAGAGGAGAGCCACCCCGUGACUAUGCCCUGCCCUUUGGGUGGUGCCGCUUUGCCCUCAGGAUCAAAUCCCACUGUGAGGUUUCUAAUGCACUGAAGAAGUGGCACAUUGCGUACCACGGCACCAGCGUAGGAGCUCUCCGACGCGCGCUGGAUCACAACCAGCUGCUGCCUGGGACGUCAUCCAUCUUCUCAGUGUCUCCGGUGAAGGUGGAGGGGCCGAAUGGCUACAGCGAGCCAGCGGAGAACAGCGCCCCCGGCAGGGAGGUUCCCAGGGUGCGACUCUCCCCCACCAUGCGCUACUCUGGCUUGGAGAUCUUUGCUCCCAAAGUGCAGUAAGUCUGCCUGGUUCACAAGUCUUCUUGACUACCCAACGGAGUUAA